CCCCGAGUGCGACCCCCCCCCCGCCAUGUCCACGCUCUUUCCCUCGCUCUUCCCGCGCGUCACCGAGUCCCUCUGGUUCAACCUGGACCGGCCCUGCGUGGACGAGAACGAGCUGCAGCAGCAGGAGCAGCAGCACCAGGCCUGGCUGCAGAGUAUUGCCGAAAAAGACAAUAAUUUGGUCCCUAUAGGAAAACCUGCCUCUGAGCAUUACGAUGAGGAGGAAGAGGAGGAUGAUGAAGACGAUGAAGACAGUGAAGAGGAUUCUGAGGAUGACGAGGACAUGCAGGACAUGGAUGAGAUGAACGAUUAUAAUGAGUCCCCAGAUGAUGGGGAGAUCAAUGAGGUGGACAUGGAAGGAGCUGAGCAAGACCAAGACCAGUGGAUGAUCUGACCCGGCUGCGUCUUGAUCAGGGUAAAGGCUGCUGGCGUCCGCUGGAGCUGAAGGAGGGUAGGAGAGGUCUCCCUUCUGGCUUGGCAUUGCCUUCGGGCGUCAGAUGGGAUGGCUCGUCAGCACAGGGUCUGAUGGACAGCAGCACUUGGAAGCCCUGGUUAGGGAAGUGUCCCCACUGCUGUCUGUCUCGUGAUUAUUUUGUGAAUGGUGCAUGGAACAGAAUCUGGCUCAGCCUCAGGCCCCACAACGGUGGAGAGAAGCUUUCGGUCUCAGCGCCUGCCCAUGUUACCUGUGCAAGGGCAGCUGCUGUUAACAUACAGCUCUGCAUGGGAUCACGGGACGGCCGGGAUGGGACAGAGCAGCCAGAGCUGGCUUCGUGCGUCUGUGGCUCUCACAGAAAUAUGGGGAUUUUCCAAUAAAUAACACUUCAAAACAA